AUGAAAUCAACACUUCAGUCCUCCUCCAUUGGAACAUUCUUUUCAUCUUCCAAUGGGAUUUCUAUAGCUGCAACUCGCGAUCAAGACUAUCUCAUAGGACUUCGUGGUACUCUUGUCGUUCAGUCGUUCCUCUUUGUUUUCUUCCACGUUUUCCUCCCAACCGCUCUCCCAGACUCCAACAAUACAGAUGGCCCGCUGUACCAAAAAGUCCUCCGCAAAUCCUUCUCGGUACUCUUCGCGAACGAGGCCCUGAUUUACUCGUGGAUCAUCUUUCUCUCUGCACGUACGAUAUGCCUCCCAUAUCUGACACACAGUGCGCGUGAGGUCUGCGCUUCAAGCGUAUUCCGCCGCUGCAUCAGGCUGUUUGUCCCAACCUUCGUCGCCUAUUCGCUAGCAGCAGCAGCCUUCAGCUCAAGUUCCAGCGAAUAUGUCAGUGAUUUUCUGAGAAUCACUGGAAAUGUCUCGGCAAACACACCAUUUCGACUGCGCAAUUUCUUGGUCUACUUCAACUCCCUGUUCGACAUCUUCUGGCUCACUAGGGACUAUGCUUCCCAAGCCGCUAACAACGCCUUUCCCUCUGGCACACUCUGGAUUGUCUCUAUCCUCUUUCAGCAAGGCUAUACAGUCUACAUGACCAUGGUCAUUGUGCCAUACACGCGAAUCUCAUGGCGCGUGAAAGCGCUGCUCUUGUUCAUCGUGACUGCUUUCUGGGUGCAAAGCUGGGCUUGGUACAGCGUCACCGGCUUCCUCAUUGCCGAUGCAGUUGUCAAUAUGGAUUUCCAGGCAAGAUCUCGCAACGGCUUCCAGAUUGCUGGAUAUCAAGCCCCCUUUUGGCCUCUGUACGUGCUCUUGGCAUUUAUUGGAUACCUGCUGCAGUUCCUCUUCAUCUCCUGGAACCCGGGCAUGCGGAAGAACGAACUAUAUGCUCAUACUGGGAUUUACACUGGUGGCCUGCUCAACGAGAAUCUUGAUGAAUCGCGCAAACUCGGCCGUGUCGACAACUACCUUAUCAUAGUCGGUAUUAUGCUCUUGGUCGAGACAUUCGAGUGGCCGCGACAUGUCCUCCGGAGCAAGCCCCUUGUUGCAUUGGGCAGACGAAGCUUCAGCGUCUUCCUCGUCCAAAGCAUUUUCAUCUACACCGCCGGCAUCAAGCUGUGGCUGCACAUCAACAAGUCAGGCACGAGCGACACCCUAAACACAUUCGCCGUUUUCUGCACAUGUGCAGCCACAGUCGCCCUAGCCUCUGAGGUCUUCUACCGCGCCAUCGACAUCCCGAGCGUUGCGUUCGCGAGGCUGUUUUGGGCAUGGAUGACGAAAUAA